CGCCGUGGCCGUGCGACCAAGACGACGCCCCAGCCGCGUGCGCCGCUCCCUGCCCCGCCGAGCGGGAGCGCCUUUUAAUUUCCGGCUCCGCAGCCGCCAGUAUAUUGUACUCCUCCCCGUCCCGCCCGCUUGACAUCGCGUCCCGUGCCAAAGCCGACGCGCACAAAAGCAACCCAAAGCGAAAGCAAAGCGGCCACCACCUCCCUCCCUCCUCCACCCCACCCGUCACGCCGAAGCCGAGCAGCCAUUAUUCCUGCUCUCGUCUCGUCAAAUCCCCUUCCCUAAAAUGAGAAACCUAGUACUACCAUAGAAGCCCACGCACCCACCCGUGCUCGAGCGGCACCGGACCACCGAGUGAGGCAGUGAGCCGUGAGCCCAUGCCACCGCGCGCCGCGGCCGCCGCCGCCGCCUCGCAGCAGAACGACUGCUGCAUCCACGGCAUCGGCCCCCGCUGGCGCGGCGUCGGCGAUCUCCCCGGCGGGGCGCCCUGCAGCUACCUGCCGCAGCGGAAGCGGCUGUCCGUGGACGGCAAGUGCACGGCGCCGCGGAUAUGCAUCUGGGAGUGCGACGGCGAGGCCGGUGACAUCACCUGCGACAUCGUCGCCGCACCAAUCCGCCGUAGCUGCAGCGCGAGGACAAUGCCAUGGGCAGCGCCUCAACCGGCCCCGCCGUUCCGGACGAUGACGCCGCCGCCACCGCGGCCGAGGCCGCAGAGGGUGGCGGAGGAGAUGGGCAAGAGACCCGGGGAGACCAUUCUCAAGGGCCACCGGAGCUACAGCCUCAUGCUUAAUCUGCAGCUUGGCAUAAGCUAUUCGGUGGGGAAGUCGUCGGCGCUGCCGUUCAGGAAGCUCUCGUCGUCGGACUUCGACCCGCGGGAGAAGGUGUGGACGCGGUUCCCGCCAGAGGGGUCCAAGCUCACGCCGCCGCAUCACUCCGUAGAUUUCCGGUGGAAGGACUACUGCCCUGCCGUAUUCAGGCACCUGAGGAAGCUGUUCGGGGUGGAUCCUGCGGACUACAUGCUCGCCAUCUGCGGGAACGACACUCUCCGGGAGCUGGCAUCCCCGGGCAAGAGCGGGAGCUGCUUCUUCGUUACGCAGGAUGAUCGGUUCAUGAUUAAAACCGUGAAGAAGGCCGAAGUGAAGGUUCUAAUUAGGAUGCUGCGGAGUUACUAUGAACAUGUUUAUCGAUACAAGUCUACUUUAUUGACAAGGUUUUAUGGCACACAUUGCAUUAAGCAAGCUGGCUGCCCUAAGGUCCGGUUCAUUAUAAUGGGCAAUUUUUGCUGCUCAGAGUAUAAGAUCCAUAGGCGUUUUGAUUUGAAAGGUUCCUCACAUGGUCGGACUAUCGACAAAGCGGAACAGAAGAUUGAUGAAACCACAACUCUAAAGGACCUUGAUCUUGAUUAUGCAUUCCGAUUGCAGAGAUUUUGGUACGAGGAGCUUAUGAAGCAAAUACAGAUGGACUGCACAUUUUUAGAGACACAAGGAAUUAUGGACUACAGCUUGUUACUAGGAGUUCACUUUCGUAAUGAUUUCUCAAUGCCUAAGAUAGGCCUAUCCCAGUAUAUUGGUUUGUCAAAAUCCACUGGUAAAAGAAAAUCAUUUGAAGGUGGAGGCGAUGUUUGUGAGCUUUGCUUUAUGGAAUCUGGAUGCAAGGAUAGAGAUUUGAUUAUUGACUCUCGGAAACCAUUGGUCCAGUUAGGAAUGCACAUGCCCGCACAUGCUGAGCGAAGGUCAAAGAAAAUACUAGACAAGUUUCUCCUAAAUGAAAGACACUUGUUCAUAACCACGCCAAGUGGAGGAUCGCGGGAUGUCUACCUCUUCUUCGGAAUAAUUGACAUUCUUCAGGACUAUGACAUAACUAAGAAGCUUGAGCAUGCUUACAAGUCCUUCCAAGUCAACCCUGGCUGCAUUUCCGCUGUAGACCCAAAGCUAUACUCAAGAAGGUUCCAGGACUUCAUUCGCAGAGUAUUCAUCAAAGAACAGUAAGAAAAUUGCAUAGGGUUAACUGGUGACUGUUCCACACUUCCACUGACUUUUUACAUGAUGAGAUCCAUUGGUGAAGUCUUGGGUAUGAUCGUACCACCGAUCCCGAGCGUGCCCUGAAACAGUGGAAAUGAUGGGCGGUUUACCAUAUGCACAGUUUUCUGAAUAAUUGGCGCCAUGGAGCUCAGCCGACACGCAUGCUAAUGUUGAAAGGACGUGAGCUAAACUAUAGAGCACCGCCUUUUGGAAGACUUGUAAGAUGUAAGUGCCGACUCCAUGAUUGCGGAGCACAUCCCAAACGUCCCUGUUAUUUAUUCUUUUUGCACUAGCAUCUACCAAGAAUCUCAAGUGUUUUUGUUUCUUGGGAUGCCUGAUAAAUAUGAUCUUGGCCGAACGGGGAUCAGACAUUGUACAUGCACAUACUGUCGUGUAGUAAAAACACUAGAUGGGUUUAGGAACUGGUGCAUCUUCUCAAAGUUCAAAAACCAACUGAAAUGCAGCUUGCCUUCAGUAAAUAUGUGCAGCUUGUUUCUUUGCUUGCGGAUGAAAACUCUCUUGCCGGACUGUUCGGAUGAAUUAUUGAUUGAAGCAACGCCAUGUUCAUGGUUCAGAGAAAAGAAGCUGUCUUGUAAGCAGUGUUGCCUUCUUUGCAAGCAUUUGCAGCUCAUCUUUUGCUCGCGCCUACUCUGACCAGAGUGGUGACUGGGGACUGGAGAGAGGUAGUGCCACUUGCGCUACUCCCACUGGCUUUGCGAACUGGAGAAAGAUAAAGUGCAAAAGCGGAAGGGAGGGGACAUGCAUCAAAAGGAGAGAAAGAGAGUGCAGGGAGAUGCUGAGACAGAUCUGGCCUGCUUCUGUGACUUAAGUCUGUCUAGUGAUGAAUUUUUCUUCCGUCCUCUCGGCGUUGCAUGGCGUUUCCCCGACUUUGCUUUGUCCCACGCCAAGGCCUACUCCAUUUCUUCUCCCUCCUGUGCUCAAUCUUUUGUCAUGCUCUGCUUUGCUUGGAUCUACUAUAACCGGGCCAGCCUUCAGCAUGACUGGGGGAGCAGACCAGGUGAUCAGAACUUCUUGAGGUCAGGAUGAUGCAUGCCACUCACGCAUGACGCGUCCUAUUCUAUGUAUGGCCAGGCCGUGCUACUAAAGUGGUACUAGUAAUACACUCUAGGCAAAUAAGUGAUUGUUAUUUCGCAAUUGUAAAUGUGUGUUGGUAUAUACUAUACAUGUGUU